AUUACCUGACAGCACUUGAACGCAGCACAUGCCCGCACCGCGGCAUACGCCCAAGUGCGUGUUUGUCCGUCUGACAGCUGAGACACAAGGAGCCAGCAGGACCAGCAGGACAUUUACACCGAGCCAGCAGGGCAACACAUUUACACCUCUCUGGCUAACAUGAAGGACAGGAGCUGGUCCCGGAUCUUCGUGAUCGUGCUGUGUGCUCUGGUGUUUAUCACCGUGCUGGUGGUGAACGCGCUGGCCGGAGCGGGCAAAGGUCCUUUCCAUUCCAGUACCGGCAACAUCUCGGGCAGGUAUGAGACGGACAUCACCCCCGCCGGCUGGACCUUCUCCAUCUGGGGAGUCAUCUACACCUGGCUGAGCCUGAUCGUGAUUUACAUAACUUCAUAUGUCUGUAGAGGAUCCUGGGCCCAGUAUCUCCUGCCCUUCGCCUUUUACUUCUGCUGGCUGUCCAGCAUGCUGCUGAACAUGACGUGGCUGCUGCUGUGGGACUGGGAGAUGAUGCUGGCAGCUCUGGCCGUGCUGGUGAUGAUCGUCAUCGCCAACGUCAGCACCUUGUGUUUCUGCUGCUUUGCCACAGACUACUAUGGGAUGUGGCUGAAGGCGUACCACAAGAAGGAUCUGCGCUUCCUCCAGAUCCUGGUCCAGAAUGGUCUGGCCGUCUACACCACAUGGACCUGCGUCGCCUCUCUGAUCAACUUUGCACUGGUUCUCAACCUGUGGGGGGUUGAGAAGACCACGGCAGCAACCGCCUCCCUCUGCAUCUUGUUUGGAGAGCUGAUCGCAUGGUUCAUCCUGGAGAACUGGGCGCUGGACCGCUGGGUGCGUAACAUCGUCACGGUCUACCCAGUGGUGAUCGUAGCUCUGGUGGGAAUACUCUACAAAAAGCUCAACAUGGCUGACCUAACUCCAAACUGCAUUUUUAUGAUUGUGCAGCUGGUGGUGGCCUGCAUCCUGUGUAUUUCACGAUUUUGUACGGUGAUCUGGAGCAACAGAUGGCGACCCCUGCACUCUCCUGGCUCUGCCCGGCUGAUGGUGUCGCCUCUGGAUGGCAGCAAAUUCAGGCUCCUUUGAGGGGAAUUCCUCUCCUCCCACUCCAGUCAUUAAAACCUUAACCCAGGCCCUGUCUGCGGUGCAUAUUCACACCAGCUACAGCUACAUUUAAAAAUAUAUCCCAGCUUUCAACUAAGCCUCUGCCUUUUAUAAAAGUACCUGUAAAACAUUGGUAAUAACUGCAGUUGUUUCCUUGGAAGAACAAUAAUGGACACGAUUGUUACCGCUGCUGACAUCUGAAGUUCUUUCUGCAUCUGAUUUAAACAGUUUUACACGUAUGAAGAGUGUAAUUCCUUUUGCAGUAUUAUAUCUUUAUUAUAAUCAUUUAAUAGUCUUAUUUGCAGUUUUACAUGUUGGAUUUACCAAAUAAAGCACUUUUUUC